CGUUUGGUUUGGUGAUAUCUUCCUUUAACGUGGGAGAACACUACCUGCAACCUCCCUCCGCCCAUGCGCAGUAUCGUUCUUUCUCGCAAGUUACCGUUCCGUACGCCAUUAUCGUGGUCCGAGACAGGGACGGGAUUUGAUAAUGUCUACAGAUGGCUCUGGAGAAAGGAUUCCAGAAGCUCCUCGUAUUAUUGCUGUCGAAACAUCGUCAGUAGUAACAAACCUAGAUGAGUCCUCAAACAUGGAUGGAGGAGGGGAUGAUGAUGAUGGACCUUUGGCGAAAAGGAGACGGCUAGAGGACAGUGAACUCUGUGUGGAUCAGUCAAUAAAGCAAAUACUUUUUAACAUCAACAAAGCAAUCUGCAUGAGAUUGGAGACAAUUGAGAACAAAUUAGACACGUUAAGUCAAAGAUCUCGCACUGUAGAAGAGAAGGUGGAACAGCUACUAAUUCAAGCCAGACAGGCUCCAGGAGCAUCCCUGUCGCCCAACGCCACCGGCUCCAGGAGAGGGGCUGUCAUUGUUGGUCUUCCCCAGAAUGGAACACGGUCUGAUACAGAUGGUGAUGGCAGUGUGGAUGGAAGUGUUCAGAACCUUGGUCCUAAUGUCACCCUGAUCACACUCAAUACAGAAGAGGAUUACCCUAAUGGUGUGUGGCUUGGGGAGGAGUCUAACCCUGAAAUGAGGGUGAGAGUACCAAUAACACCAAGUGACCUUUUACAUGUGCACUCGAACUGCCGCACGCCUGAGAAGAUGGCACUGACAAUGCUAGAUUACCUGUUUGACCGGGAAACCCAGGCGUGUUCCAAUCUGUCCGGGAUGGGCAAACAUGGAAAGAAACAACUAGAUCCUCUUAUGAUUUACGGAAUCAGGUGUCAUCUUAUUCAUAGAUUUGGUAUAACAGAAAAUGAUUGGCACCGAAUAAAACAAAACAUUGACUCAAAGUGUCGCACUGCAUUCCGAAGAAAACAAAGAGGGAUGCCAUUGACGGUAAAAGCAUUUAGAGGAAAGGCGCCUCCAACUUAUGUAAAUAUUGGGUCACAUUUACCGGGAGAGCUAGGUUGUCAGAGCGAUGAGGAUUCAAUCAGUCACGAAGACUCUGAGUUACAUAUCCAUCAGGCUGAAGUGGACAGUAUCCAGCAAGCCGUGUCUACUAUGCAAGGGGAGGCAAUCCAGCAAGGAGAGAUACAAAUACUCCACGCCACUCCGGAACAAAUAUCCCAGCUACAGCAAGCUCAUCAUAUACAAAUACUCCAGGGAGAUCAAGUCAUAGGGCAAAUACAGCAAGGGGAUGUGGCAGCAUUAGGGGAUGGCAUCCAGGUUGCUACGGUAACGACAGACUCAGGAGAAGUUCUACACAUACAGCAGGCACCUGCAGUAGUGCCGGAAGUGACAGAGUAGUGGUUGGACUUACCUCCCUUGUUGUACAUAUUACCAUGGAAGGCAGCACAGUCUUCAUUGUUCAUUUGGCUGUUCAGCAUUCAGCUUCGGAGAGAACUAUUUUUUCCUUUGAGGGACUGUGUAACAAUUGGAAGAAUACAAAUUGUGCACUUUUGUUGUUGGAUCCUCCAGUUCAUCGUUUGGAAAGCAACUUUUCAAUAACUGAGUGAUGAGUUGGUGAAUCAGGUUGUCUGUGUCUGUGUCUGUGUCUGUGUCUGUGUGUGUGUGUGUGUGUGUGUGUGUGUCGCUCAGGCCUACUGGUGGACAACAGAAGACAAUAAUGUUUGGGAAUAGUACCGGCAUUACCAAGUUUGCUCUCACGCGGAAAGUCGUUUAAUAUAUAUGUUAAUCAUUUAAACAUGAAUCUUCACCUUGAACUUCUGUGAAAUUAUAUAAGAUGAACAUGAAAAGGGAAAGUUUUGAAAAAGCUUUGAGUCAUUAAAGUUUCAAUAAAUGAACUCAGAUUCAGUUAAACAUUUACCUUAUCUUCAGAAUACAGCUUGAAUAUCAGAUUGUGAUGGUAUGACAACUGUCAAUCCUAAAGACUUCUGUUGGCAUGCUAAUGGAACAUUGUUCAAACAUGUUUGCCUUGGAGGAGGUUUGCAGUCAACACUAUCCCUAUGACCAGUCCUUCCACAAAGUGAGUUUAAGGUUUUGACUGUUUUAAGUCAAUGUUAAAGGAAGGAGUUGUGAUAAGUCUGAGCACUCUGAUUUCAUUGUGGGAUGGGCCCUGGUCAAAGAGGGAUGAGGGAAUUGUUUACAGGUUCAUUCAACUUCGCACUCAUAAAUAUUCAGAGAUAAUCUUCACUUUUUAUGAUAUGGCUUGUUGAAAUCAAUUUCUUGUUCUCAUGACCAUUCAAACCUUGAAUUGCCCCACCCCUAAUUAUUCAUGUUUUCAAACACUAGAGAAACAGCUUUUAUCACUUCAGAUUUCAAGUUUUGCACCUGAAGCUGCAGGGUCGUGUGCAAAAGUGCUCAUAUAGUACACUAGAAUCAGGUUUACUUGUUAGAUUUGUAACUUAUUCAAAAACGUUUUAAAAACACAACACCUUUCUCCAUAUUCAAUUUUUAGAAAUCGAUGAGAACAAGAAUAUUGUUUUAACUAGCCUAAUUAACCCACGACACUUCACAUACUUUUGCCAUUUGAUAUUUUGUUGUUAUUUGAGCAUGUUGAGUGGGACAAAAAAGUGCCAAGUUUGCAAAGCUUUAUAAUAUUUUAUUUUAAAAUGUAUGGCCAUUAUUUAUAAAUUAAUUACGAAUACAUACUUGUUCAUAGGUGGUUUUGUUUCCUAUCAUCGAAUCAUCAUGAUUAGAGUCUGUUUUUCUUUAACGCUUUCAUUAAACUGACAUUGAUAUAAGCUCCUGUUUUCCAUACAAUUUAUUAAGCUAGCUUUUCCUUGUUUACCCAACAGUGUUUUGAAAGGUCUCUAUAAACUGCGCUCUUGGCCUUCUAAUCUCUUCCUUUUGACAUCUGUGUCAUGAAACGUUAUUAAACUGCAAGCCCAUUUAUGCUAUGUGUAAAACUGUAUGACAAGUUUAUGUUGCAUAUUCUGAAUCUUCUUAUACCGUCUUCAUCUAUGAAAAGUUACAUUCAAAAUAUACACUGGUUCAUAAGACUUCAUAACCAUGAGAUUUUCAUCAGUUUUGUACUUUUGAUACCUGUUCAUCUUCACAUGGUUACAGACAGCAAAGCUGUAAACCUAACUGUUGGAAUUUAUCUACACCUGUUCAGAGGCCAAUAUUUGGCCCCAAGUUUGAAGAGUUGUCUUGUAUUUCACUAACAGAACCAAUAUAGAGGAACAGGCUAUAUUGCUUUGUGUUUAACAUUAUUGCAUUGAAUGCAAUGUUAAAAUACAGUAGAAAUCCCUGCAAUGUCUUGACUCAUCCGUUAGCUGUCAACAUGGUAUUAGUUAUUAAUUUCUACUGACUCAAUUUUGUUGUAGUCUAUUCGGAAGAUGGUUCCAAAAUGGAUCAUUAAUUAUUUUGACAAGUUGAAGAAUUUGGCACACCUUCGAGGUACCGUAUUCGACAUAAUAAGCACCCAGGAAGCUCUCAAAAUUAAUAGGGGGCUCUCAUUAGAAUAUUAUUUUGGUGAAAAACAACAGAGUUGAAAGAUCAUAAAUUUCGUGGUUUAUGCUGACA